AUGCCUGAGGCAGAGAGAGAAGAAGAGAUAGAAGAAGAGGAGACACAAGAAAUACAAGAAAAAAAGGAGACAGUUGCUGCUGCUGCUGCUCCUGCUGCUGCUCCUGCUGCUGCUCCUGCUGCUGCUGAAGCAGCAGCAGAAGAAGAAGAAGAAAAAGAAGAAAAGGAGACACUUUUAUUAGAGGCUGCUCCUGCUGCUGCUGCUGCUGCUGCUGCAACAGCAGCAGAAGAAGAAGAAGAAAAAGAAGAAAAGGAGACACUUUUAUUAGAGGGGGAGACAGCAGCAGCAGCAGCAGUUGCUGCUGCAGCAAAAGAAGAAACAAAAGAAGAACAAGAAGCAGCAAUAGAGGUUGAGGAGGAGAAGAAGUUAUCUGAAGGAAGACAAAAGGCAGAAAAAAGAAAAGAAUUUAUGCAACAUUUAAGGGAAUGCGUGGACAACAACAUUAAAACCUUUCAUGGGUUUGCAUCUUUUUUUUUGUACCUUGAUGGUAUAAAGAAGAACGAUUUGUCUAUUUUAUAG